GUUGUCAUGGGAACAAGGGACGCUCAGCCCAGUCCCAGCGCUCACUUCCUCCAGCAGGUCAUGGCGGAGUCACAGACGGACUGGGAGGUGUGUGGGGAGAGGCGGCGUCGAGCCCGGAGAGUGGCGGAGGUGCUGGCUGCCAAGGAGGAGGAGUACCGCGGCGCCCUCCACCACAGGAGAUGUAGGCUGCGGGCGUUGUUGGAGGGUGAGGCGGCCAGACUACACGAUGAGCUAAAGAAAAAGUUCUCAAACCUUCAAGAGCAACAGCUUGCGGACCGAGUGGAGGCAGCAGCUGUGGCUCAGGAGAAGCUGGAGGAGGAACGACUGCGGCGAGUCCAUCAGGCAGAUGAUCAGCGCCGCAGACAACAGUGUCACCAGUACAGAGAGGCGUACUCGAGGGAGAUGCAGCGAUACUUGAACGAGUCUCGCCCUCACGAAAUUACCCUAAAAAAUCAUAUGCGAAGACUCUACGGUGUUGAUGUCUCCCGGCCUAAGAAGCCUUGAUGUCACUCGCUGGGUUGACAAUAGCUCGGCGUUGACAUCACCCGCGUGAAGAAAGACACAUUUCCGCCGAGAAGCGAGACACUGAAUAAGUAAAUAAGUUAAUAUUAAGAAAAAAUAAAAAAAUUGAAAAAAAAUGAGAACAUUUUUUUUAGGUGAGAAGGAAAAUGAAACCUGUUUACAAUACGAGAGGUUUAAAGUGUUCAAUUAAUAUGAUAGUGUAGUGGACGUCUCCCCUACAAACUAACUGCGUAGCAGCCCACCACCUGCUAUCACAUUCCAAUGU